AUGGACCCCCACAACCACCCUCAGUCGCUUACGCCCCUUCGACACCAAACGGAUAGGGAAACCGGAAACAUCUGGGAGGAAAGCAUCUACAGGAUGUACGGAGACAUCAAGACACCCAAGGAGCCGCCACCGCCACCACCACCACCAGCCAACCCAAAACAUCAACCGCAACUCGGUUUUGAGCAGCCGGAAGAGGACGAAGCAGACGACUCUUUCGAUGAGGGGGUCUCAUGGCACCCCGGCCCUCAGCUGGAACCGCAAUGGCCCCGCUAUAGCCGGCCCCCACAAUUCCGGGCCGGAGCGAUCGGAGCAGAGACGUCAGGCCCCGCCCCGAGGUCAGCCGUUGAACCAGCAGCACAACAGCAUAACGGCAAAGGGAAUUAUUGGCGCUUGCAUGUCAGCGUCGACGUCGGUGGUGGCGGUGACAGUGGCCGCUCUUGGUUGUGGAGCACCAACGGACGCGUAGGGCUCAACAUCAACUUUGGAACCCCGUUUGCGAAUGCCGCUGAUCCGCUGAUUUCCCUCCGGUAG